AUGGUGAAUCCUUGGAAUAAUGCAAAAUGGCCGCUACUCACUGCGGGCGAUGGAAAGGGAUCUACAGCUAAGUCGAAUCUCGGCAUCGAGGAUCCGAUUCAACUUCAGAACUCGGAUAAUCCAGGCAUGAUCUUAGUAUCUCAUCCGCUAACAGGAGCUAACUACCUUCCAUGGAGAAAGGCGAUGACGAUCGCGCUUGGAGCUAAAUCAAAGCUCGGUUUUGUAAAUGGUAAGAUCCCCGAACCAGAUGAAAUGGAUGAGAACUAUGAUACUUGGAAGAAAAGUGAUUAUAUGAUUACCUCGUGGAUCCUGAAUACGCUGUCUAAGGAUAUUGUUGAAAUUUUGUUUAUGUGA